AAUAUUUGUACCUCUCGCGCGGGCAGCAAGCAGCCGUGUGACUGCCGGUCGCGUGUGCAUUGUACUCAUAUGCUCUAGAUUGCAAUCAGCAUUAGCUACACGUUGACUGGGGCAAACAUGUCGAGCGAGGAUGACGACCUAAACAGCGAGGACCUGGACGAUGUGCCACUCAAUUUCGCGCCGUCUGGUGGACGCUAUGAGCAUGAUGGACCGCCCCCGACUUCGAGAGGGCCUCCGCCUAUGGGGUUCUCGCGCCUGGGUCCCGGCUUUCAGCUCAAAAUGCCCACUUUCGUUCCAAACGAUGCCGGCAGCGCAGAGCCAGGCCUGGAUGGGCUCUCAGCUAUGCGAUCUGAGCCAACUUAUCUGCCCGAAACAUCCCGGGGGAGACCGGUCCCUGGGCUCGGACUGGGCGGGCUGACGCUGAACCAGGCUCGCGUGACAGGCGCUGCUGAGGACCCAGGGCCACCUCGCACGCGUCGGGGGCCGCCCCUCAAGCCCCCGAUGCUGAGCCUCAUCAACCCAGCCUCUGCAUCGCCGGUGCCGAGCGGCGCCCCCACGCCCGCGCUGGGGGUGGGGCUGCACGGUCCCGGCGGGCUGCAUGGCGGCGCGGCGACGCUGGGCGGACCACCUGCUGCGUCGGGCGGCCGGCAGCACCCCCCCGUUCGGGUGGAGCUGGUGUCCCCCGCCUUCGUGCUACAGAACCUUGUGGAGCAGCAUACCAGCCAUGCGACACUGGGUGUUUCAGGUGGGGAAGCCCAAGAGCCCGGCCGGUCACGCCACCGCGCCGGCGGCGGCGACCAGGACGACGACGACAACGGCGGUGCAGGCGACGCUGACGCUGACGACGACGGGGCUGCGGAGCGGGCGGCGAGGGCGAAAGAGGACGCAGCGUGCGGCUCCGAUGGGCCGGCCACUGCCAGCACGUCCGGCCGGCUGCUUGUGGACCGGUGCUGCAGUCAGCUGGGUAUUGCCGCCAACGAGCUGACAUUCUUCGAGCUGCGGCCGCUGCAGAUGGGGCCGGACGGCUCGCUGCCUGCAGACUGCUUCCAUGUGGGCGUCACGGUGCGCGGAUCAUCAUUCUCCCUUUCGGCGCUGGAGGAGAUGCUUGCACGCAGCAAACGAGAUGAACAGCUUACGUCCAUCCUGGACAGGUCGCUGCAGGACGCCGCGCAGCAUGCGGCUGAGGCGAAGGCCAACGCGGAACGACUAGCAAAGCAGAGCGAGGAGCUGGCGGUGCUGAAGGAGCGGCUGCGUGGUCUCGAAGCCAACAACCAGCACUUGCGGGAACAGCUGCAGCGCAGUGACGAUCACCGGCAGCAGCUGGGCAGCACCAUCCGCACCAUCAAGAAGGAGUUUGAGGAUUUUAAGAGCCGCGUGGUGGUGGAGGCGCCCUCCGGGCCUGCCCUGCACAUGCAGCUGAACCAGCUGAGCCUAGGGGCUGCGGCUGGGGCGCCCGGCACCGCCACAACCAACAACAAUACAAACACUGGGACAGGGGUGGGAUACGGUGGGCGGGAUGGCCGAUAGUUGUUCGAUACACGCAUGAUCACGGUAUGCAGGAGCGUGGUGUCGCUCCAAGUUCCAUAGACGUGUCGCGUCAUCAGCUUACGAAGUCGGCGUGCACACGCCUUCAUAGAAAACGGGUGUAGGGUUGGGAGCAUAAGAGCGUGCAACGGGAAGGAGAUGCUGUUCUGUUAGGUACGUGAACCGAUUGCGCCGUGGCAAUCAUCAAGUGCUACUGUGGUGCAAGAUUCCUUGUCUCUUGCGGCGCGUUGCUGGCGCGCAUUUCCCGGCCUGUAAGCCGUGCUUGCG